GGGUAGACACUUCUCAUUCAAAAACUAGUCUCUAUAUGUAGCAAUUGAUAUACAACCUUAUCCCUUAAGCAAUAAAGUGCAUUUUGGAUUGAUUUCACUACAGCAGGGGAACCCGCGGAUCAAUACCACCAUACUAAAAAUAAUUGUUAGUGUCCUUAUGUUGGUAGUAUUGUUAGUUUGACAAAUGAAAAAAAAUGUCUGUCAAUUGAGUUUGAGUUUUUAACCGGCGAAUUGAUUCGUGUGAAGUUAUUUUCUCAGAUUUGGUGCAAUAUUACUGUAAAUAAACUUUUCUGUCGUUUACGUUGAGUUGAUUAAGUUCCUCCGUAUCGGGCGUGAUAAAGUUUGCUGUUCAGUGUUAUGUUUUUUGUGAGAUAGAGACUCUUUUAAAUAAGCUGUGUUUCAACUUCUACAGAAGUUUAAACUCUUAUUUACUUUUCUGUUUAAUGGGUAUGUUAUCUACUUACUUGAAAUAUUAGAUCUAUUACAAAUCUAUUAUUCAUUAAAAACAACCCUAUGUGAUGAAAAUGUAAAUGUACUUUCAAAACUGGUAAAUGCAUGAACCAGGGCAUUGACACUGGUUGGAGAGAAAUUAUAGGCUUUGUUUAAUUAAUACCUAUUUCAUUUUAGGCUUCUACUGAUAAUGGAGAGUAGAAACAACAAGAAGUGCGUUAUUUGUAAUAAGAGGCGAAGUCGUGGUGGAUCACCCUUACUUUUGAGUAGGUUUCCUCUGGAUUCUGACCGUUGUCGAAUGUGGGUUAAAAAUGCUGGCAUAGAAGACUUAGCAUAUGUACCUAUUGAAAAGUUACACCAACUGAAGUUUGUUUGUGGUGGGCACUUCACUCCUGAAUCCUUCAAUGCCAAAGGAACUCGGCUGAAGAACUCAGCUAUUCCAACACUGGAAUUGAGCAAUCCCAUCUUGCCAGAUGAAGUUUUGACAGAGUUUCCUCUUCAUGUAAAAGACUCCAAUAAAGAAAACCUCAAGACAGUUCUUUAUGAUCAUUCAUAUUGCAUUCCAAAGAAGUCAAAUCCAGUUGAACGAGUUCCCCUUACAACUACAACCAAACAACUAAAUUCAACAUGUUUGGGAGCUGUGGAUAUACCAGAUUCUGGUAUUUCUGCGAAAACAACUUUUGAACCUCUUCCUUCUACUUCCAGUGCACCAGAACAUAUGACCUAUAAACCCAUUACUCAUGGUAAGUGUACAAACUAAUUAUUUACCUUCUAAAAUAUGCCUUCCCUCAAACUAAAGAAUGCCACCCUGGAUGCGUUCUGCAGUCUGCAGUCAGGUCAAAAUGAACUUAUAUGUACAACAUUCUAGGUUUCUGUACAUUUUAUAUUAAUGCUAUUUGACCGUGCGGAUACGAACAAAGAACGCAAAGCACACGUGACUGAUUGCCUUAUCACGACCACUUACAGAUUGUCUUGACAUACCCGCAGACCGCAUCCAGAAUGCAGAACAUUAAAACCUCUAAAUGCCUUUAAUUUAAUAUUAUGUCAUUGUUAUUGAAGGUGGGCCCACGCUUCAUAUUUUAUGAGAAGAGCUAUCAUUAUCCUGUCUUUGCAUUUUUUUAAAACUUGAUAAUGAUUGAUUGAUUUGGAAAUAAUAUGUUUCAUAAAACAACAAAAUAAAUUUUAAACUUAUUUGCAUAUUUAUAAUAUUUCAGAUGAUAAAAACAUUUGCCAUCAAGAUGCACAGGCAGAAAUAUUAGUCCACAGUUAUAAAAGACCUAAGAAAAACAUUGAAAUGAAAGACACUUCAUCAACAUUUACAAUUAAAGAGAAGAGGCUUUGGCGACAGUUACAAAAUGCAAAAAAAACAAUAAGGAAUAUAGCGAAGUCAAGAGUGAAUUUAGACAAGUUAGAUUCGGAAGUGCUGACAUCGUUAGUAAAGGAUGUAGUGCAGAAUAACAAAAAAAAGUCACAAGGAAAAAGGUGGACUUUAGCCAACAAAAUAUAUGCUUUGGCUAUAUUUAAACGGUCCCCUAAAGCAUACCGCUAUAUGCAAAAGCUGUUUACGCUACCAAGCACUAAAACGCUCCAAAUGAUUUUAAAAAAUAUACCAAUGGAGCCUGGUAUAAAUAAAAAUAUAAUUGAUAUGUUAGAGGCAAAAGCAUCAAGUAUGCCAAAGGAAAAUAAAUAUUGCUCGUUAAUAUUUGACGAGAUGGCGUUAAAGAAACGGAUAAUUUAUAACGAAAUUGCUGAUAAAGUGGAUGGCUACGUGGAUUAUGGUGAGGGCGAGAACAUGGGACGAGAAAAGAAAAUUGCAGACCAUGCGUUAGUGUUUAUGAUACAGGGUGCUAAACAUAAAUACAAACAAUAUAUUGCGCACUAUUUUGUGGAAGGCACAAUAUCAACAGCAAAACUGGCAAAAAUUAUAUCGGACAUCAUCAAAAAAUUA